CUAAAAUUACCAACUCUAACAAAAGCUACAAAAUACAACAACAGUGUAAAGAGUAAAUUUGAAGUUCUUUUACAAAGAAGACAAUGUUCUGAUCUGACAAUUCACCAACUGACAUCAGAUUGGUGUGGAAAACAUAGGGAAAAUUUGUCAUCGUCGUUUUUACGAAGCCACGAAGUUUCUCCCGGCAUGCAAAAACGUAUACCUAUUGUUUCUGACGAGAAAGGGGAAAACAAUAGCGAAGAAGGAAACGCAAGGCAGAGUUUAAAGGAAAAAUCUUUGAAUAGCAAACUACCACUCUCUUGUUCAAUUCUUGAGGGGCAAAGAGUAAACUUAAGAGAGAAGGCUGGGUUAAACAAACAGCGGAAACAAAUCCGAAAACAUUGUGAGCUUCCACAUGCAGAGAAAGGAAACAAGUUACCAAAUCAAAGUGACACUUCUUCGAAAGACCCUGAUCAUAUUAAAACCUUUUUAAUGAAAUCGAUGUUAACACGGAGAAAUACGUCUGAUACAGUUUCAGUAAACACUGGAAAGCGGAGUGACAGACCGGUAUUUCACCUACCGAAGGCAGAUAAAUACGAUAUCAGCCCUCGAGGUCUAAUAGACAACCAAGUUUGCUCUGUUUUCAGAGUAAACGAUGUCAAAUCAUCAUCGCUGUUUUACCCAAGCUUCAACAAUGCUUGGAGUCCAAACCGGGACAACUAUAGAAUUAAACAUUCGGUGUUUAAAGCUUUCGCACAACAACCUGCAGUGUUUAUAAGGGAACCAUCUCCAGUGGCUGGGGUGAAAAUACAUUUAAAGGAACACGAGGAUUCGUUCACAGAAGCGAUCCAGGCUGUUGAAAAAACAAACGCACUAACCUCAGCUGUUGACACAGCAGUGACUCGACAAGUUAAGAAAUUUGUUGUAAGAUUACCACCAAUUUGCUGAAAAGUAUGUUAGUUUUGUACCAAAAAUAGUUUUGUAUCGCAGUCUAGUCUUUUCGUUUGGCUAACAUGUGACGUCCACAAUUAAUUUAAAACUAAAAAUAUUAUUUAGAAAUAUACUUAUCAACGAUGUUGUUGUUCAGAAGGCUGCUUAAUUUUAAUGCAAUCUUGGAAAAACUAACUUACCAGUUUCUCUCGCCCAAGAGCAUAACCUCAAGUCCACAUUCUUCCUUUCCCCGGUGGGUAGGGAAAGUUUACGGUUAUCGCAACGUCAUCACAAGGAAAGACUGAGCCCAACUAGUUCCCAGUCGUGUUAAAUUACGAGCGGCUGAAGAUGUCGCACAGUAGGUAUCAAAAUCCUUUAAUCCUCUAUUAAUCUGUUCAGUUGUCAACAAAGGAUGCAGUAGUCAACAAAGGAUGCAGAAGUGUGAGUUACAAUUUUCUGCUCUGUUUCGCUCUAAAAUGGUUUGAAAAUGUCUUGAUAAUUCAGGACGCUGCUAAAACCUUUUUUGCUCAAUUCAGUGAAACAAAGAUCACUUUCCUGAGCCCAGUCUCUCUGCCUCUCGGCAAUCGAGGGCUCGGAAUUUAUUAAAGAUCAUGAAUUUUUGCUUUCUACAAAAGAGAAGAGACUCGAUCACUCACUUGUUUUAUUUCAGGUGAAAAAAAGUCGCGUCGCUGUAGGUUUUAUCAUAUUGGCUUUGCAAAUAUUAUGAAGGAAUCUCUUUAUAACAGAUGAAGAGUUGGAUAAAAUAAUAAGUAAACUGCAAUUUAACUCUGUCCAUCUCAUUUUAUCGGAAACUUAAGUGAACCUUUCAAAAUUAAUCCGUCAGCGAUGAGAUUAGUGACCAUUAAUCCGUCUAGGAGAGUACUAUUUUUAGACUGAUAAAAUCACUCAGCUGUAAAAGUUGAGAAAUGUUGGCGCCAUUAUUAACAAUUAUUUCCGUCGCCUUAAAUCACUGUUUCAGCCAGUUUGUAUAAUUACUCGUGAGAGAUGUCGAUUUUGAUCAGAGCUUAAAAACGUGCACAAUCUUUCACAACAUAUUUCGACUGGCGUUCUAUCACAAACGAUGCAUCCUGAUUGGCUAUAUGUCAAGUAAGAGAUUACCCACGAUUCCUCGAUGCCAGUCAUCUCUCUGUAGUCCCCUUUUAUACUCUGUUGGCGACGACUGAUCCUCCCUCUGUUCCCCCCUGAAAACCAUGUGAUCCUCCAAAAUGCUUCGCCCUCCCCCCCUGACGAUAAAUAUAGUCUGGCCCCUAAAAUCAUUCGCUCUCGAUUUCUAUCGCGUGAUAGCAAGUUUGCACUUCGCCUUUAUAAACUAUCACGCGAUAGAAAUCUCAAGCUCAUUAUCUCAUAAUUGGCACAGUGAGCAGGUAGUAUUUAGCGACCACACGCGAAGAGAAUCAGUGGACGUGCAAUUACAGUUACUACUGCUCCUUGAUUAAAUCACAAUGAAUCAACAACACAACCACGCAAUCAAAAUCUCUCAGCGAUCGGCAUAUUCCAUUAAAAGACCGACGCUCAAUUUUAGACAUUUCUGUCUAAUUAUCUGUCUGAUGGAAUUACCGAACGAAUCACAAGUUUCUAAUUAUUUACAGACUGCCAGAUAAAUUAAAUAAAUACAUUGAGCUAGGAUCAUCUUAAAAUCAGAGAGAUUAUGCCAUCGAAGCAAUUGCUCUUGAUCUGAAAGAUUAUUAGCAUAGAAGAUUAAUAGAAUAGAUGACAGUGAAUUUGACAAGAUAAUGCUUUUCAAGACAAAUUGCGCUCCUAUGUUAAAUUGAGGCAAAAUUUUACAAAACCGUCUGAAAUUCCGCCCCGGUCUGAAACGAACUCGUGAUGCAGCGAAGAGUCCGCAGCAAUCUAAGCUUGACUGUUACAGGAACAAACCCGUUUAAAUCAACGAUAGAAAAAGAAACAAAGUCGGCCGAUGAAACUUUCAAUUCAUUUUAUCAACGAGCGUCUGGAGAGAGAGAAGAACCGAAGGCGGAAGCGAAAGUAAAGCUCAAGUCCAACCCAAUAUUGCCCACUAUCACAAAACCUAGAAGAUUUUGUAAAGAAGAUUCAAAAGAUUGUCAAGAUCUUUUCCAGGUACGAUAUUAUGACUGUCCUUUUCAAGGAGCUAGAAAGUCAAGGAACAGUUCACAUCGUUCAGGAGACUCCAAGACUUCAAGACACACUUCCUCAUCUGAUCAGGUAAACCAUCGUGAUGGUGAUGGUUUACCAAGAUUUUACCAGAGCUUUGUUCGGCCUUUGCUACAGGCCACUGUACUUGAAGGCCAGAGAGUGAAUUUGAGGGGAAAAGAUGAAUUGGACGGUCAAGAGACACAGCCGCCCCACUGUCCACCUCACAACAAAGAAAUUUAUACACCUUGUCCUCAAAAUGAUUCAAUGUGCGAAAUCUUUGUUGAAAGUAUACAGUCCAAAAUAAGUUCUUUAAAAUCCAGUGAUGAGGAAAUGCAACCGAUAUUUCACCUGCCAAGAGUGAAUAAAUACGAUACAUCACCUGGAAACAUAAAAACCAACAGCGUCUUUUCGGUGUUUCACCUUAAGGGUUUUAAAUCGACGCCGAUUUAUUCGAGGUCUAGAGACAGUUGGGUUCCACACCGUGAUAAAUACUAUAUGAAUAAUUCAGCUUUCUUUCAAGCACUGUUUCAGCAGCCUCUCGUGUUGCUAAGGCAACCAUCGCCUGUGGCAGGAAUUAAAAUAACUUUAAAG